UUCAUGUGUUUUAAUUUCCACCAGGUUGUAUAUGUCACCAAAGAAGAAAGUGACUCCAGUGCAAAAAUCAAUGAGUCCGCUCGUUUGGUGCAGGCAAAUACUGGAUUAUCCAACUCCAGACAUUGAAUGUGCUAAAAAGUCACUGAUCCAUAGGCUUGAACAAACCAUGUCAGCUCUCAAGAGACACAGCCUGUACAAUAAUCCAUUCAACACUGUCAAUUACACAAACUCCUACAGCCACAGUGCUGGCAGUCCCUACAGCACUAACUUCAAUUCUCCUUCCCCUACACCAUCGAAAGGUCCUUUAGUAAAACAGCUCAUCUAUCCUAACAACUCAGGUCAUUUCAAAACUUCUGAUCGAAAUCCUCCACUCAGUCCACAAUCCUCAAUAGACAGUGAAUUAAGUGCUUCAGAAAUGGACGAAGACUCAAUAGGAUCUAAUUACAAACUAAAUGACUUAACUGAUGUGCAGAUUUUAGCCCGAAUGCAAGAAGAGAGUCUUCGGCAAGAAUAUGCAGCAACUACUUCUCGGCGUAGCUCUGGUUCUUCAUGUAGUUCUAUGCGGCGUGGAACGUUUAGCGACCAGGAACUUGAUGCCCAGAGCUUAGAAGACGAAGAAGAUGGCUGCCACCAUGCAGUGCACCCAGCUAUGAAUAGGUUCUCUCCAUCACCCCGCAAUUCACCCCGACCUUCACCAAAACAGUCCCCGAGGAAUUCUCCCAGGUCUCGAUCCCCUGCUCGAGGAAUAGAGUACAGCAGAGUGUCACCUCAGCCCAUGCUUAGCCGCCUGCAGCAACCCCGCCUUUCACUUCAAGGACAUCCGCCUGAUUUGCAAACCACCACUGUCAAAAAUGAAGAGAAACUAAGGCGUAGCCUUCCAAACCUCUCCAGGACAUCUAACAUCCAUGUUGAGUCUGUGAAAAACAGUAGAAGUGACUCAAACUUUCAAGUGCCAAACGGAGGAAUACCUCGUAUUCAGCCUCAGUCCACAGCCACUCUGCAAAAGCAGAAAAAUUUGCCCCGAGUUGCCUUCAAAACCAAACAACUACUUCAUACUCCAGCUGCCAAAGGAGGUAAUUAGCUUACAGGCGCUUAACUGCACUCCAGCUAAAGUCAGAAAGAUGUUUCUUUUUGUGUUCAACAGGAGAUAUUAAUCUUCAGUGCUCACACUUGCUCCUCUGUAAGAAACCCACUGGAUUUUGAACUGUACAUUUGAGACACAAGCUGUUAGCAGAUACUGAAUAUUUGAAGCUUGGUACAAGAUUCAGCCCAGCCAGAGCUGUCAGAAAAGGAUUAACUCUUGUUGAGGAGAUUGUACAAAUCAACUUCCUUCUUGCUUACUAAGAAGAAACUCCCAUUAGUUAUACUAAUUGAAUUUGGUUGUCUUUGCCUUAAGUCAACUCAGCAUCCUUGAGUGGAGUUCUAAGGCUGUUUGAUUGUCAUCCUUUCGAGACAGAAUCUAUCAUUGCUUCUAUGUUUGGCACCUCGGGCCAUUCAGUCAUCUUCGUAGGCUGCUUUAAGACAGCGGGAUAAAAAUUCUUCUCGCCUGGGUAUCUUCUCGGAAAUCAACAGCUUUUUUAUUUUUGAGUUUUUGCUUUGUCUUGUUCAAGCUUCAGACACCUUCACUGUGUUGUAUUUAAGCAACACUGUACCAAUUAAUAUUAUUCAAGUUUGAUAUCUCUGAAAUUCAUGGUAGGGUGAAGGAAAGAUACUUUUUAAAACUCAUUAUCCUCAACAAGACUAAUUUACUUUUGGUUUUCUUACGCUGUGCUUUUAAAGAAGUCAUGGGACAGCUAUUUAAAGUAGUUUUGUAUUUUUCUGCUAAACCAAAAGAAUAGCUGUGGAACUUAUUAUUAUCAGGAUAAUAUAUGGAGUCUUUGAGAAAGCUAAACUUAAUCACAGUAUUUUAGAAAAAGCCUUGACAUUUUUUUAAAAAAAAGCUUAUCCACAUUAUUGGAAAGCUGAAGAUACCAAACAUUGACUGACUUCAGAAAUUUUAAGUAGUGACGAUUGUUCCAGUGCUUAUGCAGAUCUCACAAUACAAAAAACACCCAAAUAAUAUUUACUAAAAGCUUUAAAGGUAAAGGUUCCCCUCGCACAUAUGUGCUAGUCAUUCCCGACUCUAGGG